AUGAUCAACUUCUGUAGUGUACUUGAUGAAGACAUUGACUUGGGCCAGCUUGAUCCGACAAACAAUAAUACUAAGGAACAUGAAGACAUUGAAGAUGAACGUUUAGAAGUCUUAGACAAUGAUGUAUUUGAGUCAUUUGCUAGUGAAAAAGAGCCUAGGAAGAAAUUGUUAAGGUCCAUUCUAAAACCAGUUGCUUGUUCAUCUGGUGAGGUUCACACUAAAGCUUUUAAGAUUGGUCAGACGUUCAAGGAAAAGGAAAAAAUAAGAGAAGUUAUUGCCAACUACUCUGUAAAAGAAAGGAGGGAUCUACAUUAUGUAAAGAAUGACAAGACAAGAGUUAGGGUAAAGUGUUGGGGUAUUGUUCCUGAAUUGACUGGUGACAAUAAUAAAGAUAGGGGCAAUUUAGUACUUUCCAAGAAAACAACUUGUCCAUGGGUUCUUUUUAUAUCUAGGGCAGAUGAGAAACAACUUUGGACUGUCAAAACAUACGAAGAUUCUCAUUCUUGUUUGCAAACAAGGACAGUGGGGGCUUGUUCAUCUAAGUUUCUAGCUAACAAUUAUGUAUUUAAUAUAAAUUAG